GUCAGAGUGCGCAUGCGCGGUGCGCGCCAGUAACGUGAAGCAGUUGGAAACACCAGAAGGGGGAAAGGAAAGGUAGACUAGCGAGAGAUAAAGAGCUGAGACCGGAUUGAUGACUUCAGGAUAAAGCUCGUGUUCUUAGCUAGCCACUGUAAGUUAGCUAGUUAGUUGUUAGUUAGUUACUUCCCUUUAUUGCGCGUACUGCUGCUGUAUCACCCAUAGCGCAGCAGUAAUUUAAAGCGCAAUACUGUUUCCGGUUGGGAAAUCAAAUGAUAACAAAGCAGGAGUGAAUCUAGAUUCUGUGUUGAGAUGUGGCCUGCGUUUGAUUGACAGUCAUGGGAGGAUGCGUGGGGCGCGAGCGCGCGGAGUCAGACGCACGCGCCUCGAGGACGCAGAGGAAACGUGGAGGUCGUAAUGAGCCGCUGAAGAAAGACAAGCUGAAGUGGAAGAGCGACUACCCCAUGACGGAGGGCCAGCUCCGCAGUAAGAGAGAUGAGUUUUGGGACACGGCUCCAGCGUUCGAGGGGCGCAAGGAGAUCUGGGACGCCCUGAAAGCUGCCGCUGUUGCUCUGGAGUGUAACGAUCAUGAACUGGCUCAGGCUAUCGUGGACGGAGCCAACAUCACAUUACCACACGGAUCCCUGACCGAGUGUUACGAUGAACUCGGCAACCGUUACCAGCUUCCGGUUUAUUGCCUGGCUCCGCCUCUCAACCUGAUCACAGAGAGAAGUGAGGAAGACCUGUCAGAAAACCCUGAGCCCCUGACGACGCAGAAGAAGGAGUUCCAGCUGAAGGUGCGGCUCUCCAGCGGGAAAGACCUGCGUCUGAACGCCAGCAUGUCCGACAGCAUCGGCCUCCUGAAGAAGCAGCUGCAAGCUCAGGAGAACAUUGAGCUGGCACAUCAACGCUGGUUCUUCUCUGGAAAGCUCCUCACAGACAAAACCCGCCUGCAGGACACCAAGAUCCAGAAGGACUUUGUGAUCCAGGUCAUCGUGAACCAACCCGCACCAAACCAAUAAGACGGAGUGGACCGAGCGACAUAAAGGACCAAACCACAGCAGCUGAGAAACGUUUUGCACAAAAAAGAAUCGAGACGGACAAGCGGCUUGAUCCUGCUGUUUUAGAAAUGCCCCACAGCUGUGGAAAAUCUAGGAGAAACUAAUAAACCAAAUGCAACGGAGUGCCAACGUGAAUUUGGUAGCGAAGCACACUGAUUUGAGUCUAUCCCGCAAAACACCUUUAGUGAUCUCAACUUUUAAGAUACGCGAACCUUUGAGCUUCAUUUUGCACACUUGAGAGUAUCUUAGAAUAGCCGUGCCUUGAAACCAGAGUAGAUUUUAGUUUAUAUUCCGCUGGCGUUCGGUCUCUUUCACAUGCUUUUUGUUUCUUACGACCGACGUCUUUCUUGGAGCACAACAACGCGGUGCUUUUUCUAUGCAAUCUCAAAACCGGAAAAAGACGCUGAUAUCAUCCGAUGUUCGCUGGAGGCCAGUGCUCAGAGACACAUUAAACUCGCAGUGAAGCCACACAUCUUCAUCAGCCUCCGUGCCCUGUAGAUUACAGACCAUCGUGUAGAUGAAACCCUAUUGCUGCCUUCUCAAAAGGGAAGAAUGGACACACUAUCAGUUUAAUGGCUGUUCCUCUUCCUCUUUUAUUGUCCUGUAAGCACUCAGGCUUCAAUCAGUCAAUAUUGCUAGGAUUUUCAGAGAUUAUAUUCUGUACUAUUCCAGUCUUUAUCUUGCUUUUCUAGUAACUUGGGAGUUAGACUUUUUACUGAUUCUUAAACCUUUAUCAGAGGCAUUACAAUUUUGAUUAUAAUUAACCACGAGCAUCACUUUAAGAAUGCAUUCUGUAGCUGUUAUCUGUAUUAGGCCUGUAACAUGUUCACAAACGCUCGGAUGGAAACAUUUCUUUUACUAAAGACACUCUCUGCUCCUGAUUACAACACCGUGUGAGUCUCGGCGCACACCAGGCCGGUUAGAAACAGCUCAUUACCUCACUGACAACUGUUCCUCAUUAGUCUCUGGCGUGCUCCUUAUACGUUUUGUCUUGUAUCACGCUAUUUCUUCUACUCUGGGCUACUUUCUUUCUUCUGUUGUUACAGAACAAACAAAUACACGGUGGUGUAGACGAAUCUUUCAUUAAUCAUUCAUUUAUCAUCGCAAAUUCCAGGAGUUUCAGUCACUAUGCAAAUCGCGUCCUUUUGCAUUCGAGUAAUAUUCCAGGUUAAAUACGAGUUACCGAAACCUCUGUAUUGCAUAAUCAUAAAUAAUUAAUAAACUCCAUAAUUGCAUUGCACUUGCAGUGUAAAGUCAAUGUGGCACGCACUUUGAUAAAAGACGGUAUGCAGUAGCUUCAAUUAAUAAUUCACCACAAAAUUGGUAAUUAGUUGCAAACCUGUGGAACAUAACAUUUCAAUAAUUUUUUUUUUUUCAUAAAAUGAAAGUCUGUGUGGGUCAGUGUUUUAUUUUAUUGUUUAAAUUAUGAGAUAAAAGGUCAUUUUUGAGAUAAGAGAUGCAAUUAAAAAGUAAUCAUUAGUUAAUUUGUAAUUAUGAUCUUAAAAAAAUUCAUAAUUCUGAUAAAAGCCUCAACUUUUCAAAAUGUAUGACUGCUUUUAUGAUUGUGAUACCAUCUCAAAAUGAAGUCAAAAUUCAUAAAUCUGACAAACUGCAUUUAAUAAUCUCAAUUUGGGUUUAUAUUUAGAAAUUUUGGUCAGAAUUAUGAUUGAGAUCUUGGUUUCAACUUUGAUUUAUCUAAAAAAAAAAAUUAUCAUAUUUUUUUAAAUCAUAUUUAUCUCAUAGCAAAAUCUGUAAUAAUAAUAAAAUGUGACUUAUUUGUCCAUAAAAUGAAAGUCAAUAGUAGUCCAUUGUAGUUUUGGACUUCUUGAGCUGUCAUUAUGUCCCAAAAAACCUGUAAAAACAUUUAAUAUAUCUUUUGUUCUUUGUAGAAGAAAGCAAGUCUCACAGGUUUGGAUUUGUAAAAGGUGACCAUUUUUAUUUUUGGGUGAACUAUCGCUUUAACCUGGAAUAUUUCCAGUCCUGCACAUCGCAGAGAUUAAUAACAUGGCAUCGAGGGCAAAAUCCUCCAGUCGUGGUUUAGGACGAAGAUGCACUCAGAACCUGCCAUAAUUCAUGUGCAUCAUGCUUUGAUAAGAAAAAGAAACCGUACACUAAUAUUGUGUACUCCUUAGAUCCUGCAUACUUUGCCUCCUUUUUCCCAGGUCGUUAGCGGCGGGAGCUGUGUGAUAAACCUGUCUGAAUGAGAGCAUUCUCCUGCUCUUACUCAGCUCAAUAUGAAACCCAUUAUACUGAGACACGAGUCCAAAUAGAUGCAGUGUUGCUGCUAAUGAUAGAGCCAAAGCAACAAGCCUCUCAUCGGCAUCCGUCUUUUUGUUAAACAUGUCAGAAAACAAAAACGAGUUGCUACACUUCAGUUAGUAAUAUUAAGAAUGAAUGCAUAUAGAUUACAAGGGUUAUAGUCGACCUUGCUGUUAUUUUUGCAGUAAUUCUAGGGCAAUGGUUUGAUGUAGUUCUUCUGCAUCAAUGUUUCAGGACAGUAGAUGUUUUAUGUAUGCUUUCUCUUUGUUUGAAUGUCUGUCUGAUGUGGUUUAAGGUUUGUCUCAUGACAUGAAGUUUCCAGAUUUGACUGAGGAAGCUGCUGGGAAGCCGUACGUGUGGAUCUUUUUGAUUUCAGGAGACUCACUUUGGACGUUUUUCUUUCGAAUCCCAGAUUAUAGGAAGCCAUUACAUUGAACUCAAGCCUGCUGGGGGUCUGCGUGUAUGGAAGCUCAUUUCUGCCACAUAAGAAAAAAAAAAUCACGCUUAACUAAAUCAUAAUUGUGACCCAAUAUCUCAAAGUUGAGAUGCAAGUAUGCGAUUAAAAGUCCAAAUUGAGAUUACAAAGUACACAAAACAAAAAUAAAAGUUGUAAUUGUCACAAUGGACCAUCUCAUAAUUUCAACUUUUCAUAAUUUAGUUUCUGUGUAUUUCAAAUUUAAUUGACUUUUUAAUUUGAUAAAUCUGACUGUCCUAAAUUUGUAUUUGUACAUCAUUUUUGUCAUAAUUGACUACCUUUUUUUAAAUCUCAUAAUUAGUCAUAGUUUCCUUUUUUCAUAUUUUUGACACUGUUUAUCUGAAUUGUUUUUGUCAAAACUUAAAUUUUAUUUCAUAAUUAUGGUUUACAAAAGCGAGAUAUUCUUUCUUGCAUGGCAGAAAUGUCCCACUCACGAAAUACGUGAACUUUUCAUAAACCUUUAGAGGAAUUCACAUGAAUUUCUACAUAGAUAAAUAUAUCUGUAUAUUAAGAGAUGAAAUGUGUGUAAUUAUUAUACUUCAAUGUGCUUACGGCCUAUUUUACAAAAGUUAUGUACAAGGUAAAUUGUUUUUCGUUUGUUUUAUUCAUCAAUUAAAGUUAACAGCUGGGAAAGCAAACAGAUGUUUGUCAGUACACUGCUAAUUAUCUCCA